AUGUCAAACAUCGAGCUCAUCAACCCGAAGGCCGAGAGCGUCAGAAGGGCCGCAGCCCUUCAGGUCAAUACUAAUGGAGCCAUGGGUCUUGCAGGAGUCGUUAAAGGAAAUCUUGGUCCUCGUGGAACGCUGAAAAUGCUAGUGGAUGGCUCUGGCCAGAUCAAAAUGACGAAAGAUGGAAAGGUCCUACUCUCUGAGAUGCAAAUCCAAAAUCCUACUGCUGCCAUGAUUGCGCGUACAGCUGUUGCACAAGACGAUCAAGUGGGCGAUGGAACAACUUCAGUGGUUCUUCUCGUUGGAGAGUUGUUAAAACAAGCAGAUCGAUACAUUUCAGAAGGAGUACAUCCAACUGUGAUUGCGGAAGGUUUCGACCUUGCAAAAAAGGAGUCGCUAGCGUUCCUUGAUACCUUCAAAGUUAAACAGAAGAUGGAUCGUGCUACACUUAUCAACAUUGCAAACACAUCAUUAGCUACCAAACUGAACACUGCUCUAGCAAAACAACUGGCUGCAGACGUUGUCGACGCUGUUCUGGCUAUCCGCCAGCCUGCGCCGCCUCCAGACGCCAAAGAACAAUGGCGCGAGCCCAUAGAUCUCCACAUGAUUGAAAUUAUGAAAAUGCAGCACCGGACGGCCACCGAAACCCAACUUGUCCGUGGUUUGGUCAUGGACCACGGCGCUCGCCAUCCUGACAUGCCCAAACGCGUCGAAAAUGCCUUCGUUCUCACUUUGAACGUGAGUUUGGAAUAUGAAAAAACAGAGGUCAACUCUGGAUUCUUCUAUUCCUCUGCGGAACAACGCGAAAAGCUUGUUGAAUCAGAACGAAAAUUCUUGGACGCAAAACUUCAAAAGAUCGUCAACCUCAAGAAUCUUGUGUGUGAUCAAGCAGUGGAUUCCAAAGAAAAGAGGAAGAACUUUGUGAUCAUCAACCAGAAAGGUAUCGACCCCAUGAGUUUGGACGUGCUUGCAAAGAAUGGUAUCCUUGCCCUACGACGGGCCAAGCGUCGCAACAUGGAAAGGCUGCAGCUUACUUGCGGCGGUGUCGCUCAAAACUCAGUGGAUGAUCUGAAUCCAUCGGUUCUCGGUUGGGCCGGCCUUGUGUAUGAGCACACACUGGGAGAAGAAAAAUACACUUUCCUGGAAGAAGUAAAAGACCCCAAAUCUGUCACACUCCUUAUCAAAGGACCUAACCCUUACACAAUACAACAAAUCCAAGAUGCCCUACGUGACGGGCUUCGUGCGGUGAAGAAUGCCCUUGAAGACGAAUGCCUGAUUCCUGGUGCCGGAGCUUUCGAGGUUGCAUGCUCGGCUCAUCUGAGCGGCGAAGUCAAGAAAAAUGCAAAGGGCCGUGUCAAGAUGGGAGUACAGGCAUUUGCCGACGCUCUUUUGGUAAUUCCUAAAACACUUGCCCAAAACGGAGGUUUCGAUGUGCAAGAUGUUGUGGUUGCACUGCAGGAUGAACAAGCUGAAGGCAACAUCGUUGGCAUCGAUCUGCAAUCUGGGGAGCCUUUCGACCCAACAGUGGAAGGGAUUUGGGAUAACUACAGAGUAAAACGACAGAUGUUGCACUCCUGCUCUGUCAUUGCUGUCAAUUUAUUGUCGACAGAUGAGAUAUUGAGAGCAGGGCGCAGCUCUUUGAAGGCUGAUGGUCCGCAGUAG